GCGUUGGCUUCACGGGCGGACCUUGUGCUCCAGGGCCGCCUGGUAGCUCGAGGAAGUGCUUGUCUUACAAGGGUGCAGAGCCACCGGUUGUUGCCCGGGGCAUUUCCCACGGCGACCUUUACCAUAUUUCGGCGCAUUUAACUGCCUUACUCUUGGAUUCUGGUACUAAGAAUUACCUAGGCUUCAAAAUGAAAGUGAGGAAGAAGAGUCCCCCAAAGUAUUAAUGCGAACAAUAAGUAUUGCUGUUUCAGAUUUUUGACUGAUAUUUGGAACAGGGACUAAUGCUUAGAGUUAUUAAUUUCACUGGCUGAUGGACUAGUGGAAUUACUUGUUGACCUCCCAAGUGAAUGAUGCAGUUGUGUUUAUUUUCUGUUGUCAUGGAGAGGGGUAUAAACGAAGAAUGAUGCAAUAAUAAUGCUUUCUGUGUACAGCCCCAUAAGGAUUUUUUCUAAGGAGUUGCAGUAACAUAAACACUGAGAAUAAAUUUUCACCGAUACAAUGUGGUGAAGCAGAGGAACUGAAAUUGUCCACUUUUGUACAGGCUGAGGACUUAAAAUGUUUGUUGUUUUAUGAGCAGAAGCAGUUCUGGAGUGAAUAGAACUUCUGAAAAUGCGGCCAUGGACUGGUUCCUGGCGUUGGAUUAUGCUUAUCCUCUUUGCUUGGGGAACUUUACUCUUUUAUAUUGGUGGACACCUGGUACGAGACAGUGAGCACCCGGAUCACUCUAGUCGUGAAUUAUCCAAGAUACUUGCUAAACUUGAACGUUUAAAACAGCAAAAUGAAGACUUAAGACGGAUGGCGGAAUCUCUCAGGAUACCAGAUGGUCCCAUUGAUCAGGGACCAGCUGCAGGAAAGGUACACGCUUUAGAAGAGCAACUUUUAAAGGCCAAAGAACAGAUAGAAAACUAUAAGAAGCGGACAGGAGAUGGAGGCCUUGGAAAAGACCAUGAAAUAUUGAGGAGGAGAAUUGAAAAUGGGGCUAAGGAACUUUGGUUUUUCCUCCAGAGUGAACUGAAGAAGUUGAAAAACCUAGAAGGAAGCGAACUGCAGACACGCAUUGAUGAAUUUCUGUCUGAUUUGGGUCAUGAGGAAAGGUCAAUAAUGACCGAUUUGUACUACCUCAGUCAAACAGAUGGAGCAGGAGAUUGGCGAGAAAAAGAGGCCAAAGAUCUAACAGAUUUGGUACAGAGGAGAAUAACUUAUCUACAGAACCCGAAGGAUUGCAGCAAAGCUAAAAAACUUGUGUGCAAUAUCAACAAAGGCUGUGGCUAUGGUUGUCAACUUCAUCAUGUAGUCUACUGCUUCAUGAUCGCUUACGGCACUCAGCGAACACUCAUUUUAGAGUCUCAGAAUUGGCGCUAUGCUACCGGUGGCUGGGAGACUGUAUUUAGGCCUGUGAGCGAGACUUGUACUGACAGAUCAGGUACCACCACUGGACACUGGUCAGGUGAGGCUAAUGAUAAGGAUGUUCAGGUGGUGGAACUUCCCAUUGUUGACAGCUUACACCCACGACCACCUUAUUUACCAUUGGCUAUUCCCGAAGACCUGGCCGAUAGACUAAUUCGUGUACAUGGGGAUCCUGCAGUGUGGUGGGUCUCGCAGUUUGUGAAAUACUUGAUUCGUCCACAGCCUUGGUUAGAAAAAGAAAUAGAGGAAGCCACAAGGAAACUUGGUUUCAAACAUCCAGUGAUCGGUGUUCACGUCCGAAGGACAGACAAAGUAGGAACAGAGGCAGCAUUUCAUCCCAUUGAAGAAUAUAUGGUACAUGUUGAAGAGCGGUUUGAACUUCUUGCUCGCAGAAUGCAUGUUGAUAAAAAAAGAGUGUAUUUGGCUACAGAUGACCCUUCAUUGUUGCAAGAGGCAAAAUCCAAGUAUCCAAAUUAUGAAUUUAUCAGUGAUAACUCCAUAUCCUGGUCAGCAGGACUUCAUAACCGAUACACUGAAAAUUCCCUAAGAGGUGUUAUUCUGGAUAUUCACUUUUUGUCUCAAGCAGACUUCCUGGUCUGUACAUUUUCAUCCCAGGUUUGUCGAGUUGCCUAUGAAAUUAUGCAGACAUUGCAUCCAGAUGCUUCAGCAUAUUUCCAUUCUUUGGAUGAUAUCUACUAUUUUGGGGGACAGAACGCCCACAAUCAGAUUGCUAUUUAUGCUCAUCAUCCACGAACUGCUGAUGAAAUUCCUAUGGAACCUGGAGAUAUAAUUGGAGUAGCUGGAAACCACUGGGAUGGUUAUUCAAAAGGCAUCAAUAGAAAAUUAGGAAGAACAGGCCUGUACCCGUCCUAUAAAGUUAAGGAGAAAAUUGAGACAGUCAAGUAUCCUACAUACCCAGAGGCUGACAAGUAGAUUAAAAGGAAGACAGUCGGCAGGAAUUCUCAAUUUUGAUUGGUUCGAACCAGUCAACACACUAACAGUUUAUAUGGGAUUUGAAUUUGCAUUUUAACAUGCAGUUAAAAUCAAAGCCUUUAAGCGAUGAAACUGGAUAAGAAGCUGAGAACGAAUGGAUGGGCUAUUAUCUGAACUUACUCUUAAACAUUUUUUUGUUAUAUGCACUCUCACACAUGCACACACAAAACCACAUGCAACAAGAAAACUGUUGUUUUAUACUCUUAGUCUCUUUUCAGGAUUUGUCCCAGUCAUUAGUCUUAUGUGAGCUUUGGGCUCUUUUCUCUGCCAUUAAUUGACAAUAAUGUUCAGACUUAUCACUGCCGCAUUGUGUAAUUUGAGUGACAUGAACAUAUUUUGUAUGUGCAAAAUUGAAAACAUGGUGCCUAUAUUUGAAAAAUUUGUGACCUUUUUAGAAGAGCCAUGCCUAUUUCACAAUGGGCAAGAGUCAAUCUUCAACUGGUGUUACCGUGACCACUGAACUCGCUUCAGACAACAGAUUAAGAUUUCAGACUAGAUUUCUUUACAAGUUUAUUUUUAGCAUUCCAUUGAUUACAUCUCAUCAUUAAUAAAAUAAAGGAUACAUCCAACAAUAAAAUAGUCACUGUCUGUUAGGAACUUCUGUGAAACAGUGCCACGAACAGAGUCUUUAGUAUUGAUAAUGUUUCUGGACGUUGCCUUUGAUUGAAAAAACAAAAAACAACCCAAAGAAACCAUAAAACCCACAAAGGAAAAUUAGCUGGUAUUUAAUUGAAUUUUUACACACUCGUCGUGUAGUACAACAACUGCUUAGUGACACAGUAUUGCUCAGUUCUGUGGACAGUGGGUUUCAGCAGGAUUACUUCAGUGGCUCAGUUUCUUACAUUUACUCUCUAGCACUGUUCUUUUACCUUCUGUGUUUCUCUUCCAAAAAUAAUUUUUUUAGGGUAUUAUAGAUGGCCAUUUAUAAUUUUGGCAUUGAAUGUCAUUACUUUUAAGUAAAAUACUUCAGAUUAUCCCAUGUAUGGAACCUGUCAAUCUGGAGUACUC